CACUGUUUAAAACACACAAUAUUGUGGAUCAGUUCGCUGUGGGUUGACUGUCUUACGUUCUUAUUAUGAUGGUCACAGUCCACAACUUGCUACGUGACUAUAUAAUUGCAACCCAAAUCAACAUUACUAUCAGUCAUCUUACGUCUCUAUCAACAUGUCUUCUCUACUCUCGAAGUUGUCUGAUGCACUAAAGAUCUCGACCCCGGAUUCAAUUAGACAACGAUCAAUUAAACUUGUCCGUCCGAAGAAGCAGUCUAGUCCCCAGUUCUACGGAUACGCGAUCUCUUACGAAUGGCUUGUCCGGUUUGCGGAGCAACACUGCCCAGAAAAGUUACGCGAUCGUAAUUCCGAAGGCUAUCAAACCCAUGCCAUGAUGCGAGCACAUGGACACCUUGUGGAUUCCACGGGCAUCAGAAAUCUAGACACCAUCACUUGCUUCAAUCCCAUGGAAGGCGCCUCGGUGCCUCCAGAGUGGAUCCCCGUGUCUAAUUGUUACUUCGACGACGUGCUCUCUGACGAAGAAAUUCUGGCUUUUCAAAUUCGGACAGUUUACGUACUCACUGUGUGCUCGGAUGAAGAAGACUCUUUUGAAGACCGUCCUAUUCAGGAACAGGUGGACUACCUUACCGAGUUGGUUGGGCAUGAACCGCAGUGGUGGUCCAUGGAUGGGUUGUAAGAGUUCGUAUUGAGCGCGAGUGGCGAAGAGUUGAACGAGUUACGUCCUCGAGUAUAUACCCAUAUGAAAUAGGCUGUGCCUCUGAUGAUAUAUGUACUAUAUGACUACAUUGGAUCAAACAUACGACUUAGUCCGGUGAA